CGUUUUAGCUGGCUCCAAGCCGUUUUAGCUGGCGCCAAGCCGUUACAGAAGGUCCGUGCCGUUUCAACACAUUGUUCGAGCCGUUUCAGCUGGCUCAAGCCGUUUCAAACCUUUAUAUUUAGUGAGUGGCCGUUAAAAAUUUUUCCCUACAUUUUUGUAUUAGUUUUUUCAACAUAUUUGUUUAAAGUUAUAAAAACAUUUGGCAUUUUGUAAAAGAAAGUUUCCAACUUAAAAUUAUGAAGAUUCGUUUGGUUGUAUACACUGGCGGAAAGUGGGAAAUCGUUAACGGAAAGUUGGAGUAUGUUGCUGAUGCUGAUUCAAGUAGACGUGGUUUAGAAAUUGAACCCAACCUUUCAUACACCGCUCUUUUAAGUAAACUGUCAAACAUUUGUAGUUCUACAAACAUUACGAAGUUAUCUUAUCGGUUGUCUUCCUUUAGUGAUCCCAUAGAUAUAAUAAACGAUGAAGAUCUUGCAAUUUUUUAUAAUUUUGCUAUGGAAAAUAUUUUUGAAAUUUAUAAAUUAUAUGUGAUUGAAGGGUUUGGUGUUGGAUCAUCUGGUUUUUCAAGUCCAAAAAAAUUUUUAGUUCCUGAUUUAAAUUUCUGUACUGAUGAAGAAAAUUAUGAUGUUGUAAACGACUCCCAACCAAAUCCUGAUAAUUCUUUCGAAAAUUGUUCGCGAUCUUCAUCAAUUACUUUUGAACCAGGUCACGUAUUUAAUAACAAAGAAGACAUGAAACUUGAAUUGGGAAAAAAAUGUUUGUUAGAACACUUUGAGUUUAAAGUAGAUAGAUCCUCUAAAACUCGGUACCAGGUGUCAUGUUUGGUCGACGGUUGCGGUUGGCGUUUCCGUGCAAGGAGUUUUGGAGAUAGUGGGGUGUUUUUUGUUAAGAGUUUUAACGAUAAACACACGUGCUCGAAGACGCUAACGUACCCACAUGUUCGUCAGGCAAACCCACAUGUUGUUGCUCAUUAUUUAAAAGAACCUUUAAAAGACAGUGGAAGAAUAUAUCGUUGUAAUGAAAUAGUGAAAGAUUUUAGACAGAGAUUCCAAGUUGAGAUAACCACUAGUCAAGCUUGGCGUGGAAAAAGUCUGGCACUAGAGCUUUUACAAGGAUCAAGCAGAGAGUCGUUCGCAGAACUACCACUUUACUGUUACAAUCUUGAGCGGGCAAAUCCUGGUUCUGUUACACAUAUCAAGACUGAUCACGAGCGUCGGUUUGAGAUGGUCUUUGUCGCGAUUGGUGCUGCGAUUCGUACCUUUAUAUGCAAUUUAAGACCGGUGGUGAUCAUUGAUGCUGCACACCUAAAGGGUGAAUUUAAGGGGACGUUAUUUUUAGCUGUUGGAAUGGAUGGAAACAACCAAAUUUUACCAAUUUCCUACGGAAUAGGAAAAUCAGAGGAUGGUGAAUGUUGGACAUGGUUUCUGUCAAAGCUUAAAGAAUGUAUCGGUGAAAUACCUGAAAUGGCCAUAAUUUCGGAUAGAGCGAAUUCUAUACAUCUGGCUGUUAGAAACGUCUUUCCACAUGUUUAUCAUGGGUUAUGCUGUCGUCAUUUAAUGAUGAACCUAUGUUUACCCUCUGAUAAAAAAAAAGAAAAUGAGAAGUUGUGGUGGAAGACAUGCAAAUCGUACCGAUUGUCUGAUUUUAACGAGUCAUUUAAUGCUCUUUGUCUUGCCGUUCCUAGAGUGCGACACACUCUAACAAGUAUUGGGUUCGGUAGAUGGGCACGGGCGCAUUGUCCAGGCAAUCGAUAUCAUUAUAUGACAUCUAACAGCGCGGAGUCUAUUAACGCUUUAUCUAGACACUCGCGUAAAAUGCCGGUAACACAACUCUUAGAGUUCUUCCGGCAAUCUGUACAAAAGUGGUUUUACGAUCGCCGUUUGCAAGGUAUACAUGAAAAACAUUUACUUACGCAGUGGGCACAGAAGAAAAUUUUUAAAAAAAUUGAAGGGUCUAGAACAUGGACGGUUGCUGGGAUUGAGUUAAACAGUUAUUCUGUUGCAGACAGUGGAAAGGGGGGUUUAGUGGACUUUGUUAAUGGAACAUGUAGUUGCCGAGUUUGGCAGGUUUCUGGUUUACCAUGCGGGCAUGUUAUCGCCGUUUCAAAAUUUUUAGGUGAAACCGACUGCAGUAAGUAUUGCUUCCCGUGUUACUCCAACGAAGUCUAUAAGAAAACUUAUGAAGAAGCGAUUUAUCCUCUCCCGCAUAGAUCUGAAUGGGAGACUCCAGAAGACCUACUCGGAGCUGGUAACAAUGUUAACUAA